AUGGACACAGAUAGCGACCCGGAAUUCGAAGGGGUCCGAAAGCCAAGCACUCUUCACGAAGCAGCCUACCAGGAUAAUCUUGAAGGGGCGAAGUUGCUACUCCGUAAAGGAGCGGCUAUCGGCCUUCGAGACUUGAACGGAAAUACUGCGCUUCACAUCGCGAUCUUGAAAGAAACGGAUGAUCUUGUGCAAUUCUUGAUCGAUCAAGGCGCAGACGUCAACAACCCCGGCAGCGAGGGUAUGACGCCUCUGAUUCUGGCUAGCAGUCGUUCAAACUACGCCAUAGCGUCGCGCCUUCUUGAAGUGGGGGCCGAUGUCGACGCUGCAGACAUCGAAGGAAGGACGGCACUGCAUCAUGCUUGCAUCCAAGAA